AGAGCAAGGGGGGACCAUGGACUUCAUCAGCAUUCAGCAGUUGGUAAGUGGAGAAAGAGCUAAUAGGAAAGUGUUGGAGUUUGGACAUGGAGUGCCUGAUCCUGGAGGCUGGCCUAGUGACUGGAGGCUGGGACCCCAAGAGGCCGUGGCCCGGGAGAAAUUGAAGUUGGAGGAAGAGAAGAAGAAGAAACUGGAAAGAUUUAACAGCUCCAGACUGACUCUGGACAACAUGAGAGACUUGGAAAACUUGAUUCAAAGACGAAGAAAAAAGCGACUGAGACACAAAGUCCCCCCAGGGAAGCUGAGCCCCUUAUCUCAGCAGCAGCCCCAGGUCCCACUGGAGCCUGUGGACCUGGAAAUGUUCCUGAAGGCAGCUGCGGAGAACCAGGAGGCCCUGAUUGACAAGUACCUGACAGACGGGGACCCUAAUGCCCAUGACAAGCUCCACCGCACAGCCUUGCACUGGGCCUGUCUGAAGGGCCACGGACAGCUGGUGAACAAGCUGCUGGCCGCAGGCGCUGCUAUCGAAGCUCGGGACUUGCUGGACAGGACACCUGUGUUCUGGGCCUGCCGUGGAGGACACCUGGACAUCCUCAAACUGCUGCUUAACCGGGGAGCUCAGGUCAAUGCACAGGACAAGAUCUGGAGCACCCCUCUCCAUGUAGCAGUGCGCACGGGCCACUCUGACUGCCUGGAGCAUCUCAUCGAGUGUGGCGCCCACAUCAAUGCGCAGGACAAGGAAGGGGACACAGCACUCCACGAGGCUGUGCGCUACGGGCACCACAAAGCUACGAAGCUGCUGCUGCUCUAUGGAGCCAAGCUGGGCGUGAAGAAUGUGGCCUCUCUGACACCAGUGCAGCUGGCCCGAGACUGGCAGCGGGGUAUCCGGGAAGCACUUCAGGCCCAUGUGGGGCACCCCCGGACCCGGUGCUGAUGACUGAAACCUGCGGGUCACUCACAGCCGCCAUUCCACACCCACUCUCCCACCCAUCCACCUCGAAGUGGUUCUCUGCCCCAGCCCCAAUUCUUCUCUGGCUUUGCU